AUGGCCUCCGACCUCUCUGCGUUGUUAACGGCAUCCAAGGGACUCACGUCUCAUUUAUCGAGGCCAGAACUUCCCUCAGUCAACCUUUCGCUUGACCAGAUUGAAGCCCAGUCUCGAAGGCUCGUUUCACGACAACCAGGGACCUCGAAUGAUGUUGAUCGCGCAAACUAUCUCCUUGCCCAAGCACGCGUAGAUGCAUCGGCAUUGUCAAGCUCCAUUGCGCACCUCAACACCUCGACCACUUUUUCGCCCUUGCAGCCACUUCAGGACACAGAUGUGGCCGGUUAUCUUCGCCACGCACAUGAACAGACGUUGAUUUCCACCAUUGAGGAAGGGCGGCGGGAGACACAGGAGGAUUUCUAUCGUAUGCUUGAGGAACGGACAAGGAGGGACUGGGAAGCCAAAAAGAAACGCGUCUUCGAGGAAUUGGGGGGACGCGUCAAUGUUGAAAACAAGGCUGUCACUGAGCUAAAAAAGAGCUUCCAUGGCAAGAGCAGUCUUAUUUCAAGCUCGACACCAAGCCUCACACUGCAAAUGCAAAACAGGAUGAUGGCCUAUGACCGUGUGGUCACCGAGCUCAACGCUGCACGCUUACGUGGUGUUUCAUUCCCAAUUAUUCACUCCUUCAUGGAUCCCCGUUCCGCACAAAUGGCCCAAACCUUCCAAACUCUGGCGAAGAUAACUGCUGAGCCACCUGCGUUGCCACCGGUCGAACAUGCAAGUGCACACAUACUUAAUUCUCCCUUGUUUGAACGGAAACACGCAAGGGCGUACCUGGGAGAUCCAGAGUCUCGGGAUGCCAUUGCUCUUCGACGACAAAUCACGAAAGGAGCGCGAGAAUCCCUGGAAUUGCAGUACUGGGAUGUCAUGGAUCGGACAGUGCAGUCACGGCCUACAGAAGCACUCUUGGGCGGGGACCCUAGCAUAUCGAAUAAAGUGCGCGCUUUCUUAUUUGUGCGGUACUACAAAAACGGAGAAUGGGAAGAACGCAUUGAACUCGUGGCCGGGCAACCACUAUGGGCGCGACUAUUUUACCUCGUUCGGACAGGCCAUUUGGACGAGGCGCUGGACGAGGCUGUUCAGUACCAACAAGCCAUUGAAAGACGUGAAGUGAGCUUCAUCAGUCAUUUCAGGACAUGGGUUGAGUCACCAGAACGAAGACUUCCUAAAGCUCACCGAGAUCAUUUGCAAUCCGUGUUCAACGCUCACAUGUUGCACUCAGCUGCGACAGAUCCGUUCAAACUCGCGCUGUACAAGCUCAUGGGCAAACUAGAACCGACGCGGCGCAGUGUUCCUCAUGUUACCACAACGACAGAGGACUGGUUGUGGUUCCAGCUUGCCAUGAUCGACGAGGAAGAAGAUGGUGGACUGCGUGGCUUCGCUGAAGUGAUACUUGGAUAUGGUGAGAGGCAAUUUGAUAGUGGUUCGAGGAAGGGAGUCUGGGCGAGUGUCCUCCUCAUGUGUGGACAGUUUGAACGGGCUGUCGCGGCUCUUUGGGAAGACCAGGAAACAGAAAUUGAAGCAGUUCACCUUGCUAUUGCCUUGGCCUAUCAUGGUCUUCUUCGGGUGCCCCCACGAGCAGAAACGUCUGAAAUGACUCCGUUAUCACUACCUCCUUCGUCGCCUCCUGCUUUGAGCAUCUCCACAAUAAUAUGGCGCUAUAUGAGACAGUUUGUCAAGAUGGACGCCAAGGAGGCACUGCAGUAUGUUUAUUGUGUCUGCUUGACCGCAGACCAGGGCGAAAUCGGAAAGGAGCAGGUGGAGAAUGCCUGGGAACUUGUACGGCGUAUAAUCGUCCUUAGCAACAGUGGUCCUGGCUGGGAGGAGCUUGUCGGAGGCUUCAGACCCGACGGUUCAAGAUUCAACGGUGUCAUUGAACAAGGAGCGAGCUUAUUGAAACUAGACGAUCUUCGGCAGUACAACGAGCAGAUCCUAAUUCGUGCCGCCAAAAAUUCGGAAGAAAACGAUCGGAUAUCCGAAGCUAUAAAGCUUUAUAAUUUGGCAGGGGAUUACUCCACAGUUAUGUCGUGCCUUGCUCAAGCUCUGGGUAGCACGAUCGCGCGCCCAAGUCCUGAUGAGAAGGCGCGCACAAUUGAGAGAACCGCAGCUGACAUUGUACGGCAUUAUGAGCGGACAAACAGAGCUGCUGGGAAGGAUAAAGAUGCAGUAAUACGGCUGCUGAAGAUCCGGGAGGCUGUUGAUGCUAAGCAUGCUGGUCGACCCGAGACCGCUCUUCAGUGCAUGGAGACAACGGACCUCAUUCCGUUAGAUGGAGACGUGGCGAAAAUUACACGUAGGGCCGAAGAAUUCAAGGAAUUGCAUGACUCGCUACAACGAAAUCUGCCGACGUACAUUACACUUACAAUGGAUGCUCUCGCUGGUAUCCAUCAAAAAGUCAAGGGUUCCCUUGUUCCCGAUGCUACCAGACAUAUGACUCUGACUGCUGUGAGGAAGAAAUCCAGAUCGUUGAUGGUCUUCGCUGGCAUGCUCAAAUAUCGCAUGUCGCCAGACGUGUACUCCUAUUUAGCAAGACUAGACGUCGAGAUUGCACUGUGA